AUGCCGCGCAACAUAGCACACCUCAAGUCUGCCCCCUUACAAAGCGCGCAACCCCGCAGAUAUGUACCCGUGCUCCGACUACCCCGGGGAGCCAACAGAACAGUGGCUCAAACCAACCGAAAAACCAACAGACCUUACAUUGCACGAACAGCCCCAAGACCAAACUCGGACCCCCAACUGAAUCUCAGCAUAGGAGCGCACCCCCCGAUUUUAACGGAACGACGCAACACACGCCACACCUCAGCCGACGACGCGCUAUCCCAACCACCCGCGCAACACCAAAUGUCCCACUCUGCACGGGGCUCAAUCGAGACUCACCCCAAGUCUGAAACCCGCUGUCCGACCCACUACGACAAGCGGCGUCCACAGCAGCGACUUGCACGUACACGGGAUGCACGCAACAGAACAACCGCCAACCGACCCCACAUCCCCAUACGCGCGAAUCUGGCAUGCACACCCAGACCAGAACUAAACUGCACAACCGAGCAUGCCCCCCCCCACUACACGUAG